AUAGACGGAUUACUGUUCCGUCUGUAUAAUUCCCUAUUUCUCAAACGCUUUAUUUUCCUUCGCCGCUAGCUUCAUUUUUACUUCCCUCCUUGGAUUUCCCAUUUUCCCUCUCUAAUUUUCGAGCUUCCUUCCCCAAAUCUCCAAAAUUCAUUUGAAGCCAUUCGAACUCAAAAACCCAAAAUUUAAUUAGAUGUUUGGCCGUCUGGAAGGCCACCAGAAGAAGACUCAAAGCUCUUGUUUGAUCCCGCUCCCUGUACUUUCCUUUACCCAUAGAAAAAAGCCAUGGUCGGAGGUCAAUUUUGGCUUGUGCGACCCGACGAUGGAGAUCAAAGAAGGCAAAUUAGAGGGUUGUGAGGGUAAGAUCAGACAUAGGUUUAAGGCAUCCUCUUACCCCCUAUAAAUAGUUUGUUAAUAGGGAGAAAAGGGGGAUUUCGAGAGGAAGCUGACAGAGAAAGGAGAAAGAGGUUUGCAAGUUAUGGCUACUUGGGAGGUGUCGACGGUGAAGAGAAUUUGUCAUUCCAUUGCUGAAAUCUCUGUUUCCUUGGGCAAGUUUUUAGGGGGGUUUUCUCAUGCUCCUGACGAAUUACUAACUUAUGGGGUUGAUAUGAAAAUGAUAAGAUUCGAUGGAAUUUUGCAAGGCAUAAUCUAUGUAGUAAUGAUCAAUUUACUCUUGGCAAAGAAUAGCUUUCUCAUACUUGUUGGUGGCUAUUUUGGAGAUCUUUCUAAAAGAUGGAGCAAGCAAGGUUCUUUCACAUGGCCACUUCUCUAUAUUCAAGUGUCACUGUCGGCAUUGGAAAUGGGUGUAUUUUCACUUAUUGUUUACUCUACUUUUAUGUAUGGAAUAUAUGUUCCUAAUUGGCAUUUCACUAUCCAUAACAAGGAUAGUGAUGAUUAUGGGAAGGUUUUCUCUGUAACUUGUAGAGUGAGAGGAAAACUCGAUCCUCCUUGUAAUGCAAUGGUACUAAUAAACAUAUCAGUAUUAGGAAUCAAUCACAUGUACCAAGAUUCUGCAUGGAGAAGAUCUAAGGGUCCAUUAAGAAAAGAUGCUCCAUCAUGGUGUCAUGCCCCCUUUGAACUAGAAGGGAUCCUAAGUUCAAUAUCUUCCUUUCUUUCCACAAUUAUUAGAGCACAUUUUGGGCAUGUGCUUAUAUACUUGAAGGGUCAUUCUGAUAGAUUGAAGCAUUGGGUCAUCAUGGGACUUUUUUUCCUUGUUUUAGGACUCAUUCUACAUUUCAUUCAUGCAAUUCCUUUAAAUAAACAACUCUACACUUUUAGCUAUGUUUGUGUCACAUCAAGAACAACAGCACUGGUUUUCACGACAAUCUAUAUUCUGAUAUGCAGGGUGAGGAAGAAGUGCCAAAGGUUUCUUGUUUGUGGAUUACCAUGCACUGUGGAUGAAGAGUUAUUGAGACCUUCGGAGGAUGGCCUUAAUUCCCUCUUGAGCAUAGAAGAUUUGCAUGCUCUUAUUAGCCCAGUUCCUCAAGGAACUCCCCUCCCACUUGUUCUGCUGGGGAAGAACAAGGAACGUGCUGAGCUGCUUGGGUGGAUAUCCCUUUUCUGUUGGAUGGGUUCUUCAAUUUGCAGCAGCUUGAUUGAGCUUGGGGAACUUGGGAGGCUUUCAGUAUCAAUGGAAAAGUUGGAGAAGGAGCUAAAGAACGGUGAUAAGUGCCAAGUAUGUUUAACAUAGUUACUAUUUUGUGUGUUUACAGUUGGAUUCUCCUAUUUGAAUUUCCAUAUUAUAUUGUAGUGGAUAAAAAGGGCAGUGAAUGAAUGUUAUUGUUUGAUGGGAAAUUUAUUUUAUAGAGAUUUUUGUGUAUUGUAAAAUGGGUUAGAGUACCAUUUGUUCUCAAUAUAUGAAUAAAAUGUGUUAAGUUUU